AUGUUCAUCUCAUCUCUUCCAGAAGUAGCGCAGCGUUUGUUGAGUCGAUCGGUCGCAGGUCCAGCAGCAGCAACAGUGACAACACGGGCAGCAGCAGUAGCAGCAAGAGUAGCAGCAGCAACAGCAUUUUCCGGAAGCAGCAGCAAGUGCACCAACACCAGAAACAACGGAGACACAGACGGCAGGAGCAAGAACAGUUGCCACAACAACUAUGCCUACAACAGCGUCAACAACAACAGCAGAAACAACAGCACGAACAACAGCAGCAGCGACAGCAGCACAAGCAGCAGCAGCAGCAAAGCUGACGAUAAGUUGCCUUCGACUUGGUGCUGCAGCGAUAGGAAUUCGUCUGGGGUCAAACAACCGCUCGUCAUCAAGGCCCCUAAAGCCUGCAGCACGUCUUCCUUGCUGCAGCAGCAGCAGCACCAGCAGCGCCAACAGCAGCAGCAGCAACGGACAGCAGCAACAGGCAGCGGCAACAGGAAAGAGCAGCUCACCUUGUAA